CAGAUAUAUUAUGCUGGACCACGAAUUUACCAGUAGAUAAACUUUAAUUUGUACUUAUAUAUUCAAACAUUGCAGGAGCAUGAUAGGUUUUGUGUAAAAUAGUGUACUUACAUUUGUGUGUCUGGGUAAAACAAACUCCCUCAACGCAUCAAGAGACAUGUCAAGUCGAAACUUUCCCGUGAUUGACGUUGCGGAUAUAAGUCUGCACCGGAAGUCACAAGAUGUUGGCGCAGACGUCCUGGAAGCUGUUGGAAAAAGUAUUUUGGGCGCGCUCUGCGAAUUUGGUGUCUGCUUCAUCAAGAAUCAUGGUAUUGACCAGGGUUUCAUUGAUCAAUAUUUUGCUUUAGCAGAGGAAUUCUUUAAACAGCCUAGAGAGAUGAAAAUGCAGUAUAUCAAGGGGCCGCAACGAGAAUUCGGUUAUUACCCAUAUGAACACGAAAAUUUAAACACUCAACGACCAGGAGACUUGAAGGAAUCCUUUAAUUACCAUCCUGUAGACGACCAGGCAGACUGGGAAAAUAAAGAGUUUCAUAAAGCUUGUAAAGAGUUAUUUGAUCGUUGUACAACCUUUGGAAACAAUAUCCUGGACGCGCUGUCUCUAGGCCUAGGUCUAAACCAGAGGUUUUUAAGGGAUGCGCAUAGAUAUAUUGGUCAAAUGAAAAAUCUAUCGGCUCUGAGAACACUGUUUUAUCCACCAUUACCUUCAGAUAUCUCGGUAAAACAUGACCAAAUUCGUCUGGGUGAACAUUCUGAUUAUGGGACGGUUUCAUUUUUAUUUCAAGACGAUGUUGGGGGACUAGAGGUCAACAUGUCGGGUCAUGGGAUCGUACCAGUGACCCCUGUUCCCGGUACCAUUGUCUUGUUCGCCGGAGAUCUACUUCAACGAUGGACUUCCGACUCAGUUGUCGCCAUAAAGCACAUGGUUAAUAUACCGGAAGUGGAAUCCAAGAGAAUGAAGACAAGGCAGUCGGCUGUGUUUUUCAUAAUUCCAGAUAAUGAAUGUGUGGUUAAACCAUUAGAUGGCUCGGAGAAGUACGAACCAGUGGCAUGUAUCGAUUAUAUGAAUGCUAAAUUGAAACCAACAGCUGGUAUAACCUACUAGAUAUGUCAUGCAAACUUUGUCACGUGAUCAGGAACUUUAUCCUCAGAUGUGUGUCCCUGAGAGAACUUAACUUGCAAAAUGGCUUUUACACAGUUGUUCCAGAAGCAGAAAUGUGAACUGUUAGUAUAUACUUUUUUGAUAGACCGGCAUUCCAACACUAUUUACAUUAUACCAUAUUCAUUCUCUUUGCUAAUUUUACAAAUGGC